UGGCCAGCGAUCGCAUUUGUCUGUGUCUCUGUUUUUGGUGUUUUGCGCUUGCGUUUGCUUUGUUCUUGUACUAGUUAGCUAGCUAGAUUUGUAUUGGGCGGCUCCGUGGAGGAGUUGACGAACUCGUACUCCCGACCGCAGCCCUGGGAGACGUCCCAGUGGUCUUUGAAGGCCACCCUGGCCCAUUUGUCCUCCGUAGCUUGGAAGAGAGUCAGUCCCUUUGGGGCUGCCCCGCUGACCGAGGGCUACGUGAUUUGUGUAGGAGACGAGAGAUCCGGACUCUCACGAACCCAGUCUCCAUUAGAACUUUCCCUUUCGGUUUUCAGCCGAAGCCGCGCUGCGAAAAUCUGUUUCAGUUUUGUCUCCACAGUUUUUGUCUUGUCUGUCCUAGGACUCUGUGUUUUUGAAGUAAUGGGUCAGUCUGUUACCACUCCUUUAAGUUUGACUUUACAGCACUGGUCAGAGGUUCGGAAGAUCGCCAACAACCUCUCCCUCGAGAUCCACAAGCGACCUUGGAUCACUUUUUGUUCCUCAGAAUGGCCCACUUUCGGGGUAGGCUGGCCAAAAGAUGGGUCCUUUAAUGCUAAUCUUAUUUUACAGGUCAAGGCAAAGAUAAUGGUUCCCGGCCCGCACGGGCAUCCAGACCAGGUCCCCUACAUCCUUACCUGGGAAGCUUUGACUGCUGAACCCCCGCUAUGGGCUAAGCCCUUUAUUUUGUUUCCUCCAUCACACCCUCCUCCUACACCCUCUGCUCCCCCUUCCCAAUCCUCCCUUUACCCUGUUGUUACUAAACCUCCUCUGACACUAAAGGACCCUAAGGCAAAUGCCCCCCAGGUUCUACCCCCUGGAAACGACCUCCUCCUGGAUUUGCUGGCCGAAGACUCCCGGUUGCCUCAGCCCCCACCCUACCCUGCCGAGACCGGCCCUAGGGAAAGCGGGCAGCAGCCAGAUCCUUCCCCUAUCGCCACUAGAACAAGGGUAAGAAGGGAAGGUAAUCUACCCCCUGCAGACUCUACUGCCCAGGCAUUUCCCCUACGGACGGGGGCUGCCGGACAACUUCAGUAUUGGCCUUUCUCAGCCUCAGACUUGUAUAACUGGAAAAACAAUAACCCUCCUUUCUCAAAGGAUCCCGCUAUGUUAACUGCCUUAAUUGAGUCCAUACUUGUUACUCAUCAGCCCACCUGGGAUGAUUGCCAACAGUUGUUGCAGGUUCUUCUGACUACUGAAGAGAGGCAGAGAGUCCUCCUGGAAGCUCGGAAAAAUGUUCGCGGGGCAGAUGGGCGGCCGACACAGCUGCCUAAUGAGAUUAACGCUGCUUUUCCCUUAGAAAGACCAGAUUGGGAUUUCACCACUGUGGAAGGUAGGAACCACCUAAUCCUUUAUCGCCAGUUGCUUAUAGCGGGUCUCCAUGGGGCAGCUAGGCGCCCCACAAAUUUGGCUCAGGUAAAACAGGUUAUUCAGAGAUCUGAGGAAACUCCUUCUGCCUUCCUAGAGAGACUAAAAGAGGCUUAUCGAAUAUACACUCCCUAUGAUCCUGAAGAUCCAGGGCAGGCAACUAACGUUUCUAUGUCUUUCAUUUGGCAAUCUGCCCCGGAUAUUAGAAAGAAACUGGAAAGGUUGGAGAACUUAAGGGAAAGUUCCCUACAGGAUCUACUUAAGGAGGCGGAAAAGAUAUUUAAUAAGAGAGAGACAAGGGAGGAAAGAGAUGAAAGGCUAAAGAGAGAGGCGGAAGAACGUGAUCGAAAGAAGAGUAAGGACCUUAGUAGACUCAUGGCCACCUUAGUGACAGGACAGAGACAGGAUAGACAGGAGGGAGAGCGAAGAGGACCCCCCCGAGUGGAAAAAGACCAAUGUGCCUAUUGCAAAGAAAGAGGACACUGGGCAAAAGACUGCCCGAAGAACCCUCGGGGGUCUCGGUCUCGACCCAAAACAUCUCUCUUGACCCUGGACGAUUAGGGAGGUCGGGGUCAGGAACCCCCCCCUGAACCCAGGAUAACUCUAGACGUAGGGGGGCAGCCGGUCACCUUCCUAGUUGAUACAGGAGCCCAACAUUCCGUCCUGAACCAUAACCCAGGACCCCUCAGUGACAAGUCGGCAUGGGUCCAGGGAGCCACCGGAGGACGGCGGUAUCGAUGGACUACUGAUCGAAAAGUCCAAUUGGCUACCGGUAAGGUGACUCAUUCUUUUCUACAUGUUCCUGACUGUCCAUACCCCCUAUUGGGGAGAGAUUUGCUCCAAAAAUUGAAAGCCCAAAUUCAUUUUGAGGAAUCUGGGGUACGUGUAGCCGGCCCCAAAAAUCAACCUUUACAUGUGUUAACUUUGAGUCUGGAAGAAGAAUACAGGCUAUAUGAAAAUAACAAAAGGAAGGAACUCUCCCUUGACCCAGAAUGGAUAAAUGAUUUCCCUCAAGCAUGGGCAGAAACAGGAGGCAUGGGAUUGGCCAGACGACAGGCUCCACUGGUUAUAGCUUUAAAAGCCAAUACCACACCUGUCUCAAUUAAGCAGUACCCAAUGUCGCAGGAAGCAAGAACAGGAAUUAAACCUCACAUAAAGAGGCUCCUGGAUCAGGGGAUCUUAAAACCUUGCCAGUCCCCAUGGAACACCCCCUUACUCCCCGUCAAAAAGCCAGGGACAGGAGACUACAGACCGGUCCAAGACUUACGAGAAGUUAACAAGCGGGUAGAAGAUAUACAUCCCACAGUGCCCAACCCAUACAACUUGUUAAGCGGACUGUCACCAGCCUAUUGUUGGUAUACAGUUUUGGACUUGAAGGAUGCCUUCUUUUGCCUAAGGCUCCACCCAGAUAGCCAGCCUAUUUUUGCCUUUGAAUGGAAGGAUCCUGAAUUGGGAAUUUCAGGGCAAUUGACUUGGACUAGACUCCCCCAGGGGUUUAAGAAUAGCCCUACCCUAUUCGAUGAGGCUUUACAUCGAGACCUGGCAGAUUUUCGGGUCCAGCAUCCAGCCUUGAUGCUACUCCAGUAUGUCGAUGAUUUGUUGCUGGCCGCGACAUCCGAACAGGAAUGUAGGGAAGGAACCAGAGACUUGCUACAGGCCCUUGAGACCCUAGGGUAUCGAGCCUCCGCUAAAAAGGCCCAAAUUUGCCAACAACAGGUGACCUACCUGGGCUAUUUAAUCAAAAAGGGAGAAAGGUGGCUGACGGACGCAAGAAAAGAGACAGUCAUGAACAUACCCGAGCCCCAGAACCCCCGACAGCUAAGGGAAUUUUUGGGAACAGCCGGGUUUUGCAGACUGUGGAUACCAGGCUUUGCUGAAAUGGCCAGCCCCCUGUACCCACUCACCAAACAGGGUACAAUGUUUGCCUGGGGAGAAGAACAACAGAAGGCUUUCCAAAACAUUAAAAAGGCUCUCUUAACAGCUCCAGCCCUAGGACUCCCAGACUUGACUAAGCCCUUCGAUUUGUAUGUAGCAGAAAAUAAAGGACAUGCGAAGGGAGUAUUAACUCAAAGAUUGGGGCCUUGGAGACGGCCGGUGGCCUACCUCUCCAAGAAAUUGGACCCGGUAGCCACAGGGUGGCCACCCUGUCUCAGGAUGGUGGCCGCCAUUGCCGUCUUGGUUAAAGACGCCAGCAAGUUAACUUUUGGGCAAUCCCUGACUAUUCUGGCCCCGCACGCGGUAGAGGCAUUAAUCAGGCAGCCGCCAGAUCGUUGGCUGUCCAAUGCCCGCAUGACUCAUUACCAAACUAUGCUCCUGGACACAGAUCGGGUCCGGUUUGGGCCCGUCACGGCCAUCAAUCCUGCCACGUUGCUUCCAUCGACGGAUGAGAAAGCGGCUCCCCACGAUUGUCUUGAGAUUUUAGCAGAAGUGCACGGGACCCGCUCCGACCUGACUGACCAACCACUCCAGGAUGCUGACUUUACCUGGUAUACUGAUGGGAGCAGCCUGGUGCUGAAUGGGGAACGGAAGGCGGGAGCAGCCAUAACCACGGAAACUGAGGUAAUCUGGGCAAGGACCCUCCCACCAGGGACUUCAGCACAGAGGGCAGAGCUGAUCGCCCUCACCCAGGCACUUAAAAUGGCAUGUGGAAAAAGACUCAAUGUAUACACAGAUAGCCGAUAUGCCUUUGCCACUGCCCAUAUUCACGGGGAGAUAUACAGUCGACGAGGGCUAUUGACUUCUGAAGGAAAGGAAGUUAAGAACAAAAAGGAAAUUUUGGCCCUGUUGCACGCAUUAUUCUUACCCCGUAAGCUCAGCAUCAUGCACUGCCCGGGACACCAAAAGGGAGACAGUCCUAUUGCCCGGGGCAACAGGAUGGCUGACGAGACAGCUCGAAGGGCAGCUGUGAUCUCGGUCCCUCCAUACCCAGUCUCCAACAAAGAGACGCGGGCGCAGUGGCUCGAAUGGCAGAGUGCUAGCAUUGAACCCGAAGGCCAGACAAAACCUAUAGCAAUGUGCCUUCAGUCUAAUGCAGGCCAGAAAGGAGCAGACUUAGGACCAUUUGAAUACCCUAAAAAAGAUGAAGAGCUCCUAACAAACCUAGGGGCCCAAAAAGACGACAAAAGAAAAAUAUGGAUCCUUGACAAUAAGACUGUAUUACCCAGGAAUUUCGCCCAGCAAGUGAUUGAACAAGUACACCAGCUAACACACUUAAGCCCCAGAAAGAUAAAAGCCCUCCUUGAUCGAGACGAAAGAUUUGUUUAUUUUUUGGGCAAGGAAGACAUCUUGCAAAGAAUAUAUGACAGGUGCCGUGCAUGUGCCAUGGUAAAUGCUGGGAAGAUAAAAUCGGGAUUAGGAAAUGUCCGAAUGAGAGGGCAUCGCCCUGGAGUCCAUUGGGAAGUUGACUUUACUGAAAUCAAACCUGGGCUUUACGGAUAUCAGUAUUUGCUGGUGUUUGUCGAUACUUUUUCCGGUUGGGUGGAAGCCUUCCCCACAAAGCAAGAAACUGCCAAAGUAGUCAGCAAGACUACUGGAAGAAAUUUUUCCCAGGUAUGGCAUGCCUAAAUUUCUGGGGUCGGACAAUGGGCCAGCCUUCGUCUCCCAGGUAAACCAGCAGGUGGCCAUGUUACUGGGGAUUAAUUGGAAAUUGCAUUGUUCGUAUAGACCCCAGAGUUCAGGGCAGGUAGAAAGAAUGAAUAGAACUAUUAAGGAGACUUUGACUAAAUUAACGCUCGCAGCUGGCUCAAAGGACUGGGUACUCCUACUCCCUCUUGCCCUUUACCGGGCUCGAAAUACCCCUGGACCCCACGGACUUACCCCCUUUGAGAUUCUCUACGGAGCACCCCCUCCCUGUGUUAGUUUUUAUAGUUCUGAUAUCUCCACUUUUGCUAACAGCCAAAAUCUUCAAGCCCACUU